AUGUCUUCUGCUCAACCCGAUAACAAAACGUCCACCACAGGCUCCAAGCCAUAUAACCCUUCCGCAGCACUGGACAAGAUCUUAGCGGAUUCCACAGCCAGAUAUGCCCCGCUCAACACCGCUGAUCAUGGGAGUGACCUGAACCCGACCAAGCCCGGAACCGAUUACCAGUUUUCUCCCGGUUCGCAGAGUGCCACUGCGGCGAGUUUACAAGGAUCCAAGGAUACCUCUCAGCCGACCACUCAGAGCGAUAGAGCUAAUGCUGCAAUUUUUGGUCUUUACUGA